CUGCAGCAGCAGCGCAAUUGAUCACACAACAAGCCAGAGCAAGGAGACAGCACUUCGUAUCGAGUAGCAGGCACGGAACUGCAAAUCGAUAGGGGGCAAGUUUCCUUAUGGCGGACGUAGACAUGAAGGACGCCUCUGCGGCGGCAACAGCAGCGGGGGAGAAGAGGGAAGUGGCGGCGGUGCCCAAGAGCAUCAAGGUGGAGGAUAUCGUGCGGAACGCAGAGCUCAUCGUCAAGGGCGUCCAGGGUGAUACCGCUCGGCUUACCACGAGGGCAAUCAGUAGGAAUACGCCCAUCCGACGCAUGGUGCAGGCGCAUGUGCUGUGUGACGCGUUAGCCAAACUGCUGCCGGAUGACUGCCCAGACAAGGCUGAGCUCACCCGGCUUCUGGCCAAGCUGCCCAGCGAGGCGGUAACGGAGACGGAGCCCCCGGCAACGGUAGCCAUGGAGGUUGACUCCGAGGCCGCCAAGAAAGAGGCCGCCGCGGCGGCGACUGCGGAGGCCGCCGCCGCUAAGAAGGCCGAGGAAGCACUGGCGAGCGUGGUGGCGGCGCAGCUGCCCGAGGUGGAGGUGUACUUGUCGACCCUGGUUUUAACGACGCUGCUGCGGCACAAGGCAAACGCGGACGCGGUGGCGGUCGCGCCGAGGCUGCUGGAGCGGGCCGUGAGCUUCAACCGGAGGACGCUCGACUCCCUCGCGGCGAAGAUGGUUUUCUACUACUCGUUGGCGUUCGAGGUGUCCGGGCGGCUGCCGGAGGCGCGACCGCGCCUGCUCGGGCUUCACCGCACGUGCUGCCUCAGGCACGACGAGAUCGGGCAGGCGACGACGCUGAACCUGCUGCUGAGGAACUUGCUUUCCCAGAACCUCCUGGACCAGGCCUACAAGCUCGCUUCCAAGACCAACUUCCCGGAGAGCUGCAGUAACAACCAGUUCUGCCGAUACCUUUACUACAUGGGGCGCAUCCACGCCCUUCAGCUGGACUACACGGACGCCUACACGAAACUGAUGCAGUCCAGCCGUAAGGUCCCUCAGAACACGGCCAUGGGCUUCCAGCGGGCGGCGCAGAAGCUUGUCAUCAUUGUACAGCUCCUGCUCGGAGAGGUGCCAGAACGAUCGGUGUUCAACCAGAAGGGCUUCGUGGUAUCCCUCAAGCCCUACCUCGCCCUCACGCAGGCGGUUCGACAGGGGGACCUCGUGGAGUUUAACCGCAUCGUCGGGGAGCACGAGUCAACCUUCCGGGCAGACAAGACCUACACCCUCAUCCAGAGGUUGGCGCACAACGUCAUCAAGACGGGGCUCCGCAAGAUCAACUCGUCUUACUCCCGCAUUUCCCUCCAAGACCUGUGCGAGAAGGUGAAGCUCGAAACGGUCCAAAGCGCGGAAUUCGUGUGCUCAAAGGCCAUCAGGGACGGAGUCAUCGACGCGGUCAUCGACCACAAGAACGGCUGGAUACAGAGUCGGGAUGUCGUGGACGUGUACGCCACGGACGAGCCGCAACAGGCCUUCCACAAGCGCAUCACGUUCUGCCUGGACGUUCACAACGAGGCGGUGAGAGCGAUGCGCUACCCACCCAACGCCUACAAGCAGGAGCUGGCCAAGUCUCGUCCCGGGAUGGAGGACGAUAAGACCGAUGAGGAACUCGCCAAGGAGAUCGAGGACGAGAUGAACGAAGAAGACGGAGGACUCUAAGACCGAAUCGACCUCGCUAAGACCACAUUGACUCUUACGACCAGGUCGGCCUAGAUCGAGGCCUGUCUGUCCUAGCGGACGUACGAAAGCAGCAGCAAGCAGCGUUACCUUACGCGAAAGAACCACCCAAGGACAAUCAAUCGAUGUCUCUUCAUCGAAGGGGCGAGCAAUCUCGUAUGGAACAGGAAGCGGAGACGCGUUUCCCGACGUUCGUAGGACGCUUGAAAUCGUUUGCGCUUUUUGGCGGACUCUGACGGGCAGGGUCUUGCGCUGCGCGAUAUUUCAACAACCCUUACAUCAUGUGGGACCGACUCGUGGGAGGCUCGUCUACUGACCUUGUGUUUCAUGGCUUCUAGGCUCAAAAGUUGUGUACGGAUCGGUGCAGUUUUACUUGCAAGGAAUGUGAGGAAAUGAUAGUUGCGGAUUCUUAAAAACAGGACCGUUAACCUUGGCGCCUGGCUACUGUGGAGAAGUGGUCAGCAGGAAGACCAGCAUGGAGGUCAAGGGCUCCCAACGCUAUUCGUGUACUAGCCCACUUUGUUAUUGGGGCCGGUGGUGCAGUGCCUGACGUGACCGACUUUGUGGCGAGGACACCCAAGUUCUCCACUCAUUUUUUUCUUCGUGGAUGGACAUGAGACUAACGCCUCUAAUGGAAGAAAGAAAGCUGCUGCUCAAUCCCUCA